CAAGGCUGGACCUCCUCAGGGGACACAGAGCAGAGUCCCCGCCCUCGAGAGCUCAUACCCAAUCCCCCACGCUCGCCCUCGCGGCCACACCUUGAACCCCCUCCCCGACCGGCUCUACACUCAACCAGCCCGAGGCUUCCGGCAGCUCCGAGUUCGGAUUCCCCUUCUCGGCCUUCUGUGGUCACUGAAACCCUCAGAACUCCGAGGAAAAGUCGAACAUGGCUCCGCCUCAGCCAUCUUCGCCAGCGCAGUAAGUCUCUGUGUCUGCGCACUCCGGGUAGAGGGAAACUAAAACCUCCGGGAGCCAGCGUCCGGCGGUGCCUGCAAAUCUAACCGGGAUGUGGGGUUCCGAGACACUUCUCCCACAAGCCACCGCGGUCAUGGAUCUUUAGCCUUAAACUACAUUUCCCAGAGGGCAACGGGAACACCCAAUCUAUGGCUUCCCUUCCGUUUUCGCGUGGUUCUUUUGCAAGCUCUGGAUUCUCUGGAGUUUGAAUGUUUCCAGUAUUGGAACUCCACCAAGUAGGACUGAUCAGGUCUUACAGUUCUAAAACCAUGACCUGUUUUCAGGAAUUAGUGACAUUCAGGGAUGUGGCCAUAGACUUCUCUCAGCAGGAGUGGGAAUACCUGGACCCUAAUCAGAGGGACUUAUACAGGGAUGUGAUGUUGGAGAACUACAGAAACCUGGUCUCACUGGAGAUGAGGUCUCGCUGUGUUGCCCAGGCUGGUCUCAAACUCCUGGUCUCAGUGAUCGUCCCACCUCGACCUUCCAAAAUGCUGGGAUUACAGGCGUGAGCCACUGCACCUAGCCAAUAGUGGUAUUAUUAUGCCCAGUUUAUUUGCCAAAUUGGAAUAAUGAGUUGAAGUCACAUGGCCAAAGUCACAAGGAGGACAUUCCAUUUCUAAACCAGUUGUGGUGGACUUACUGGAGCGAGGAAAAGAGCCCUGGAUGAUUUUGAGGGAAGAAACACAGUUCACAGAUUUGGAUUUACAGUGUGAGAUAAUCAGCUACAUAGAAGUACCCACUUAUGAAACAGGUAUAUCCUCUACACAACUUCAGAGCAUAUAUAAGAGAGAGAAACUCUAUGAAUGUAAGAAAUGUCAGAAGAAAUUCAGUAGUGGUUAUCAACUUAUUCUACAUCACAAGUUUCAUAUUAUUGAGAGACCCUAUGAAUGCAAAGAGUGUGGGGAGAACUUUCGUAGUGGUUAUCAACUUACUCUCCAUCAAAGAUUUCAUACUGGUGAGAAACCCUAUGAAUGUACAGAAUGUGGGAAGAACUUUAAAAGUGGUUAUCAGCUGACUGUGCAUCAGAGAUUUCAUACUGGUGAGAAGACCUAUGAAUGUAGGCAGUGUGGGAAGGCCUUUAUAUAUGCCUCACACAUUGCUCAGCAUGAGAGAAUUCACACUGGUGGGAAGCCUUAUGAAUGUCAGGAGUGUGGGAAAGCCUUUAGUCAAGGUGGACACCUUAGAAUUCAUCAGAGAGUUCAUACUGGCGAAAAACCAUAUAAAUGUAAGGAAUGUGGGAAGACUUUUAGUAGGCGCUCAAAUCUUGUUGAACAUGGGCAGAUUCAUACUGAUGAGAAGCCAUACGUAUGUGAGAAAUGUGGAAAAGCCUUUAGAAGAGGUCACCAACUUACUGUACAUCAGAGUGUUCACACUGGUAAAAAGCCAUAUGAGUGUAAAGAAUGUGGGAAGGGCUAUACGACUGCCUCCUACUUUGUUCUACAUCAGAGAAUUCAUAAAGGUGGAAAACCCUAUGAAUGUAAGGAGUGUAAGAAAACCUUUACUUUGUAUAGAAAUCUUACUCGGCAUCAGAAUAUUCAUACUGGUGAGAAACUUUUUGAAUGCAAGCAAUGUGGGAAGACCUAUACUACUGGUUCAAAACUCUUUCAACAUCAGAAAACUCAUACUGGUGAGAAACCCUAUGAAUGCAAGGAAUGUGGAAAGACCUUUAGCUUAUAUGGCUACCUUAAACAACAUCAGAAAAUUCAUACUGGCAUGAAACAUUUUGAAUGUAAGGAGUGUAAGAAAACCUUUACUUUAUAUAGAAAUCUGACUCGACAUCAGAAUAUUCACACUGGUAAGAAACUUUUUGAAUGCCAGGAAUGUGGGAAGGCCUAUAGUACUGGCUCAAACCUUAUUCAACAUCAGAAAAUUCAUACUGGUGAGAAACCCUAUGAAUGUAAGGAAUGUGGAAAGACCUUUAGCUUGCAUGGAUAUCUUAAUCAACAUCAGAAAAUUCAUACUGGUGUGAAACCCUAUGAAUGUAAGGUAUGUAGAAAAACCUUUACUUUCUAUAGAAAUCUUACUCUACAUCAAAGUAUUCAUACUGAUGAGAAACCUUUUGAAUGUAAGGAAUGUGGGAAGACCUUUAGACGUACUUCACACCUUACUGCACAUCAGAGCAUUCAUGCUGAUAAAAAACCCUAUGAAUGUAGAGAAUGUGGAAAGGCCUUUAAAAUGUAUGGCUACCUUACACAACAUCAGAAAAUUCAUACUGGUGGAAAACCUUAUGAAUGUAAAGAAUGUGGGAAGGCCUUCAGUCGUGCUUCAAACCUUGUUCAACAUGAGAGAAUUCAUACUGGUGAGAAACCCUAUGUGUGUAAGCAGUGUGGGAAAACCUUCAGAUAUGGUUCAGCCCUUAAAGCCCAUCAGGGAAUUCAUAGGAGCACAAAAGUCUAAGACCAUAAAGAGUACGAGCUCGCCAUUCAUCAUCAGACAGUCCACACUGGUGAGAAAUGAUGGAAUGUUAGUCUUACAGGUAUGGCUUUAGCAAUUGAGAGAGUUCAAAAUGCAGUUCUUGCCACAUUAGAAAGCAUUCGAUGUCGAUAUUUUAACGGAACAUCUGACUGUUCAAUGGUAAAUUAAGAAGAAAAAAAAAAAAACCAGGAAUCCCAGUUUCUUCAUGCCUACAA